ACAAAUUCUAGCUCUCAGUAUUAAAUAUCUGUCAACGUUGCGAGCGAGUUAUUAACGCAUCUGUCGUGAAAAUGUGAUAAUCGUUAACACUUUUUCUAUCUUUUAUCGCCGACGCUAUAAUCAGUAAGUUUAAAGGAAAAAAAGUGAGGAAUCUAGUGAGGAAGUCUAGCAUCACCAUCACGAGACAAUACUUUUUUUAAAUCACAAUGGAUGUAGAACCAGUAACAACACCCUAUUUCUCAGUCACAAUUUAUACUCUGUUGGCUACGUUUAUCACAACGUUAAUUGCAUUGUACUAUUAUGUCGAAACUAAUCGAAGUGUUCGUCUUAUUAAAAAAAUGCCAAAUCCACCAUCAUUGCCUAUUAUAGGUCAUUCAUUAAUAACUAUGGGAUUGACCCCCGAAAAAUUUUUAACAAUGGCUCUUAAAUAUUAUGACUUUUUGAAUAAUUCUCGUGUAAUAGGUGCACAUUUUGGUACGAAAUCAGUAGUCGUGUUGUUGGAUCCAGAAGAUAUUGAAUUAAUCUUAAGUAGUUCUAUGUAUCUCGACAAAGCCACGGAAUAUCGAAUGUUCAAACCGUGGCUUGGAGACGGCUUGCUGAUCACAUCAGGCAACAAAUGGCGCAAACACAGAAAAGCGAUUGCACCUUCAUUUCAUAUGAAUAUCUUGAAAACGUUUGUACCUCUAUUUUAUGAGAAUAGCAUAGAUCUUGUAAAUCGACUUCGCGAUGAGGUUGGAAAGGAGUUCGAUUGCCACGAUUAUCUAUCUGCCGUAACAGUUGACAUUUUAACGGAAACAGCGAUGGGAAUUAAAAGGGAAAAAAGGGCGAAAACCGGAUAUGAUUACGCCAUGGCCGUGAUGAAAAUGAGCGAUAUCGUAGCCCGAAGGCAUUACGAUAUGUCAUUAUAUCUUGACACAUUCUUCCAAUUUUCAAAGCUUGCCAAUAUCCAAAAAAAACUGUUGAAGACCAUUCAUACGUUGACAGAACAUGUAAUUAAACAAAAAGCAAUAGAUGUCGAAGAAAAACGUGCGAAAGGCGAGCAAGUAAAAGAAGCGGAAAACGGUAAACCAAGUGAAAAAUCGAAUGCGACCGAAAAUACGGAAACUGUCAAAAACAAUACUACUUUUAAUAUGCAUUACGUAAGAGAUGAUCUCGAUGAAAUUGACGAGAACGACAUAGGUGAGAAAAAGCGACUAGCCUUCCUAGAUAUGAUGUUCGAAAUGAAAAAGAAUGGGCAAAUGACUGACGAGGAGAUUUGGGAGGAAGUGAACACUAUUAUGUUUGAGGGUCAUGAUACUACGGCAGCUGGUUCAAGCUUUGCACUUUCUGUCUUAGGAAAUCAUCCAGAUAUUCAGGCUCGCGUGCAUGAAGAAUUGGAUACAAUUUUUGGUGACAGCGACAGACAAUGUACCUACCAAGACACUUUGGAAAUGAAAUAUCUCGAGAGAGUUAUUUUGGAAACUCUGAGACUUUUUCCACCAGUACCGUGGAUUGCCAGAAAGGUCAAUAAGGAAGUGAAACUAGUUACAGGCAAUUAUAUUAUUCCAAAGAAUGCCACAGUAAUAAUUAUGCAAUUUUGGGUGCAUCGUUUAGAGAAAUAUUAUCCGAAUCCAACAGUUUUUAAUCCAGACAACUUUUUACCGGAAAAAAUGCAGCAAAGACAUUAUUACGCAUACAUUCCUUUCAGUGCUGGACCAAGGUCCUGCGUGGGACGAAAAUUCGCUAUGUUGAAAUUGAAAGUUUUGUUGUCGACAAUACUGAGAAACUACCGUGUUAUUUCUGAGAUAAAGGACGAUGAUUUUCAUUUGCGCGCUGACAUUAUUCUGAAAAGGCAUGAUGGAUUUAACAUCAAACUCGAACCGCUCAAGCCAGCAACUCGCUCAUAAGGGAAUUAGUAGUCUCAGUACAAUAAGCGAUAAUCUAAUAAAAUCUAAAUGUAUGUAGACUAAUGCUUAAGUAAAAGUUUAGUUUAUAUUAAUCUUACUAGUAAAUAUAUAUCUCUAACAUUUUGAUAUUUAUCUUUCUAAAAUAAUAAUUAAGACACAAUUGGAAAAAUCUAUAUACACAUACACACACACACACACACACACACACA